AUGAUUCAAAAUGUACGUAACAGUUUUGGCAAGACGAUCGCUUUUAGCCUCUUCGUUUUGGCAGUGAAUGAUAUAAAUGAAGGUGAUUCAGUAGUAACAAUUCGGACGAACAAAGUGAUGACUAAUCGCUUGUUGGCAAGACGACAAAUGGUGGUCGAAAUCCUUCAUCCUAAUCGAGCAUCAGUUCCUAAAGUGGAGGUUCGUGAAAAGCUGGCUCAAAUGUACAAGACCACGCCUGAUUUGGUUUUUGCGUAUGGUUUUCAAUGUCACUUUGGUGGUGGAAGGAGUACUGGUUUUGCGCUAAUCUAUGAUACAGCAGAUCUUGCCAAAAAAUUCGAACCGAAAUACCGUUUGUUGAGACAAACGGGCACGAAAGCUGAGAAAUCAGGCCGUAAGCAACGCAAGGAGCGUAAGAACAGGCAGAAGAAAGUGCGUGGAACAAAGAAGACCAAAGUUGCUGCAGGAAAGAAGUAA